AUGAAGUUCUCGCCCCUCAUCCUCCUCGCCCUCGUAUCGGCUGCCUCGGCCGCCCCGACGCGCCGCGACGGCACGGGCAAGUGCCGCGCCAAGUCGAAGGGCGUGAGCGCGAGCGGCUCGGCCACGCCGACUGGUUCGGCGGUGCCGGCGCCCUCGGCUCUGGGCACCCCGAUUGAGGCGAGCGCCGCGCCCACGGCCAACGCGGCGUCUUCGAGCGCCCCUGCGUCGAGCGCGCCGGCCUCGAGCGAGUCGGCUUCGUCGUCCACCGAGUCGGCCUCCGCCUCGGCCUCGGCCGCGCCGACGGGCAACGCGCUGAUCAAGGCCCCGAGCGGCAACUACAACCCGCCGAAGGUCGCCAACCAGACCGUCUUCUCCGACCCGAGCAUCACGCCCUCGCUGCCGACGCCGCUCGGCCCCGACCCGCAGGUGAGCGGCAUCAUCAGCCCGCCCGGCUCGGUGGGCCUCAACCCGCCCGGCGACAUCCCCGCCGACGACCCGCUCGCCAAGACAAUGCUCGAGCGCAUCAACCAGUGGCGCUCGGUGUACCAGGCCGAGCCGCUCUUCUGGAACUCGACCAUCUCCGGCUUCGCGGUCGGCUAUGCGAAGGAGUGCCAGGGCCGCCACUUUAUGAACCACGGCGAGUUUGGCGAGGUCGCUGUGUUUGGAGGCGACAUCACGAACGCCGACAUGGAUUACAUGGUCAAGCGCUGGGUCGACGCCUGGUUCGUCGAGGGCCGCUUCUGGGACUUUGAGAAGCAGGAGGGCAUGUCCGGCAAGGACGUCGGUCACUGGCAGAUUCUCACCGACGCCAUGACCAACCAGGUCGGCUGCGGCUGGUCCGGCUGUGGAAAGAUCUACUGCGACAUCUCCAAGAACUACACCAAGAUCUUCUCGGAGCACGUCCCCGACUACAAGGAGCACGUGUGGCCCCAGGUCGAGAUUCCCUGGGACGAGUACCGCAACGCGUUCUAG